UGGACCUGGCGGAGCUGCAGAAGGAGCUGCAGAAGAGCCGCAGCGUGUUCCCUGAGAACCCCUCGGUGUGGGUGAAGGACCUGGCUGGGUACCUCAACUACAAACUGCAAGCACCCAGGAGUGACCCCGUGCUGAGCCAGCACCCUCACGACUACCCGUACUGCCUGGUGGGCAAGGAGCUCAGGGGCAUCAUCCGCUCCCUGCUGGCCAAGGCCUCCGACGUCCUGGAGCUCUUCUUUGACCACUGCAUCUACACCAUGCUGCAGGAGCUGGACAAGGCCCAAGGGGAGUCCCUGCACGGGUACAGGAUCUGCAUCCAGGCCCUGCUGCUGUACCGGCCCCGCAUCGCCACCACCAACCUGGGCAAGCUCCUGACCUCCCUGAGCCAGUGCCUGAGCCUGGACCCGCUGAGCUUCAGCGUCUGGAGGCAGCUCUACACCAAGCACCUCGCCCAGUCCAGCUUGCUGCUGAACCACCUGCUGCAGUCCUGGGAGAGCAGCAGCAAGAAGGUGCAGCAGUCCCUGCAGGAAACGGUUCGCUCCUUCAAGGUGACAAACGAGGAGCUGGCAGCCAGGGGGGCCGGAGGGGACACGGACGUGGCCGCCUGUGACACCGCCUGCAAGGUUUGUGUUUCUGGGGGCCAGACAAACACACACCCAGGUUUCUCCACACCCUGUGACCGCUCUGGCUUUCCCUGUCCCACUGUCCCUGGGGGGAGAUCCCCAUCCCCUUGUGUUCUGCCUGCUCACAGGGUCAGGGGUGGACACCUGGAGCCCCUCACCUUCCCACCCCUUCCCGCCAAUGAAUGAACUGAUUUAUUUUAUUAUUUUUUCCUUAUAAUUGCUCUGUAUGCUUUAUAUUUCUUCCU